CACCCGUUUGCCUGAGAUGGAGCGAGGCAGAGGGAAGUUCAGCGUAUCAGACGAUAGUGGUGGUGAUGAAAAGAGGCGCGCAGCAUUUUCCGCAGUAGGGACCUUCCAACGACAUUGACUUACCCUCUACACCAUUCCAUCACCAACUUGAGGGACUGCUGUGUCCUUAUUGUCGAUUAAUCCAACCAAUUCAAAUUGGGAAACCCGAAAUCGGGUACGGCCAAAACGAGCCCAUUAUCCUCUGUUUCGAUGGUUGAAACUUCUUCACUCCUCCCCACGUACCCUCUUCCACAUAUGCCACUCUCUUCAUCUCUUCUGUAGUUGUUCCAUUCGACUCUCCAGCUUCUUCGACGUUGUCUUUGGCCUCUGCUCUCGCGCAUUAGCGUCGCCCGGUCAUGGAUAGGACGAGAUAAAUUAAAAGACGAGGACCCUUUCCCCUUUGACACUGUUCUCAUCUGAGCAACGAAUACCUGCUUGGAGAGUAGCGAAUGUUGGGGGCGACAACAAGAAGGCGGUGCUUCCCUGGUGCCCAAUUCAUUGCAUCUUUUGGACUAGUGGAUGUGCCUUUAAGCCUAGUUUGAAUCCUCACAAUAUCUGAGAAGUUAGGGGUCAGCUAGUAACCAUGGAAAACGGUAAUGGCACAUUGAAAUACUCGCAGACCGCCUAUGAAGAGGCAUUGGAUGCACUAUCCUCUUUGAUUGUCAACCGUAGACGAUGUGAUAAAUCUGGAGAUCGAUUUGAGUUGAUGUUCGAGUAUGUAAAGAUGCUGGAUUUGGAGGAGCCCAUGUUGCAGAUGAAGGUCAUUCAUGUCGCUGGCACAAAAGGCAAGGGAUCCACGUGCACCUUUACUGAAUCCAUAUUGCGUAAUUGUGGCUUCCACACUGGCCUUUUCACUUCGCCUCAUCUUAUUGAUAUCCGAGAAAGAUUUCGCCUGGAUGGUAUCGACAUUAGUGAAGAGAAAUUUUUAACCUAUUUCUGGUGGUGCUAUAAUAGGUUAAAGGAAAAGACUAGUAAGGAUAUACCAAUGCCUCAAUUGUUUCGCUUCCUUGCAUUACUUGCGUUCAAAAUAUUUUCAGAUGAGCAGGUGGAUGUAGCUAUCUUGGAGGUUGGUUUAGGUGGAACUUUCGAUGCUACAAAUGUGGUCCGGGCACCCAUUGUGUGUGGUAUAGCUUCUCUUGGUUACGACCACAUGGAACUUCUUGGAAAUACUCUUGGUGAGAUAGCUUCGGAGAAAGCUGGUAUCUUCAAGCGUGGUGUUCCAGCUUUUACCGUAGUUCAACCUGAUGAAGCCAUGAAUGUGCUUAGAGAUAAGGCUUCACGGUUGGAUGUACAACUAACAGUAGUGCCGUCGUUGGAUCCUGAGCUACUACAUGGUCAUAAACUUGGGCUUGAAGGCGAGCACCAGUAUCUAAAUGCUGGUCUUGCUAUUGCCCUAUCCUCCGCUUGGCUCCAGAGGACUGGCCAUUCCAAGCUGUCAUACAUGGAACAGAGUAGGUCUUUGCCCGAGCAGUUCAUAGAAGGGCUUACAACUGCCAGCUUUGAAGGACGAGCACAAAUUGUUCCUGAUAGAUAUAUUGAUAUUGAAUCCCCGGGAGAUCUUGUCUUUUAUUUGGAUGGAGCCCAUAGUCCAGAGAGUAUGGAGGCUUGCGGUAGAUGGUUUUCUGCUGUGAUGAAAGAUAACCAGCGAGGCACCUUAAAUUAUCAGUUGGAGGAUAAUGGUAUAUCUUCAAAUAAACUUCUUCAAGAAAAUCAGAAUGAUGAAGCAAGGAAGACAUCUGUGCCGGUGCUACUGUUCAAUUGUAUGUCAGUGCGAGAUCCGCAGCUGCUUCUCCCACCUCUGAUCAAAACAUGUGCGAAUAAUGGUGUCCACUUCAAGAAAGCACUCUUCGUUCCAAAUACAUCAGUCUUCGACAAGGUUGGAACCCAUGCUCUAACAGAAGCAAAUGGACAAAUUGACCUUUCUUGGCAGUUUAAUAUUCGAAGAGUAUGGGAAAACCUCAUCCAAUGUGAAAAAGUAGGCACUGAUUCUAAAGGGACCGGUGCUGUACUUGAAGAAGAAACCGAUAAACCAGAAGUGGGUGGUAAAAGUUGUGAGAAUAGCACAGUAUUUCCUUCUCUCCCUGUGGCUAUUAGAUGGCUCCGAGAUAGCAUCCUGCAGCAAAACCGGUCAAUUCGACUUCAGGUUCUUGUAACUGGUUCCUUACAUCUUGUGGGAGAUGUGUUGAAAUUAAUCAAGUGAAGCAUGUGAUCUGUUGGGCGUCCAUUUUGAACAUUCAUCUUCUCAAAUUUGCAACAGCAGCAGCACCAUAUUUGAUAUAUAUUAGACAGACUUCAGAUAACAUUAGUCUUUCCAGACUCCCAUUUUUACUAAAGGUACAUUUGUUCUCUCUUUCACUGAUAAUUCCUAUGCUUCAGAACUGAGCAAUAAAGAAAAUGGCAAUAUAUCUGAGUACAUUAAGGUUAAACUUCCAUAAAAAUGUAGCUUUUUUUUAUCUGACAUUUAUGUUACGUUACAAUAUUUGUUUUCGAUUUCAAUUCUUUACCUAUGAUGUAUUGGAAUAAAAAUGAAUGGUUUUUGCUAA